UGCAACACCAGUUUAGUCGUUGGCGGGAUUCCAACCCAUCCGGAUCGUGUUGUGUAACGUUUGUUAAAAAGGCGACCGUCCGACAACGUCCAGUACGUGUUACAAACAACCAGUGUGAAAGUCGUGUGUGCGUAUCAUCAGUUCUACUGCUGCUGCGGCCCGUUUGAUGCGUUGAUCCGGAAGGGAACGAAACCAUCAUUAUCAUAUCGUGCCAUAUCAUCGCUGUGGUUUAUCACCGCGUACAGAUCGGUCCAUAUCAAAGCCCUAAACCACGAGAUUGAUUAAUCGGCAAACGGAAACCGGUCCGUGUGUGUGUCGUCGUCGUCGCACCACGCAUUUUUCUGCCGUUUGCCUUGUGUUCCCUGUGAGCUGAUUGUCUCGUGGUGAUUUGUCAGUUGUUAACGUCUUCGGCCGAAGAACCGCGUUACAUUCGGAUUGCAUCAAACAUAAUAGUCAUUAAUUUAUUACAUUAACGCACGCCGACGGCCCUUGCCUUCUGGUUGGAAGCGUGGUCUGUAGCCCUUCUGACGGUUUAAAGCCAGUCAGAGCGUGGUAGGCUGUGAGCAGUAAAGGAUCCACCUAGCUACGGGCAGCCCUUAGCUUAGUGCGUCUGUGUUGUCUGAGAAAACAGUGAAGUGAACUUGUUCUGAAAGGCGCUGAAAGGCAAGUCCAUCGACCGACAAGUAGCAACAUCGGGCCGAAGCAACACCACAGCCAGUACACCAGCACGAAAAUGAGUUCAAAAGCAUUACCAAAUCUAUUUAUGCUAUCAGCGGCAGUUAUUGUGGUGCUGGCGGCGUUAGUGAUCGUCGGACCGCAGCCGGCCGCCGCCAACGACAGUCAGAAUAUUAACCGGCUGCUUAACAAUCAGGUGAUUGUUAGUCGGCAGAUCAUGUGCGUGCUGGAGAAGAGCCCCUGCGACCAGCUCGGCCGACAGCUGAAAGCCGCCCUGCCGGAAGUGAUACAGCGCAACUGCCGGAACUGUUCGCCCCAGCAGGCCCAAAACGCUCAGAAGCUGACGAACUUCCUGCAGACCCGCUACCCGGAGGUGUGGGCAAUGCUGAUACGCAAGUACGGUGCCGUUUAAGCUGCUGAAGCUGCUGUGAAGGAACCGUGUGGAGCACAUGGCAGCAAAGGAGGAGAGCAGCAGGCAAAUGUUCGCCAUAAUUUCACCACACCAUCGUCGUCGUCGUCGUCGUCAGCAUCUUAUCGUCUACCUUGCCGUCAGUGGGAACGGAACCGAGUUUCACCAUGUCUGGAACCGAGCCGCCAGUUCCAAUAAAAGCGUAUUACUCCAGCGGGGAGUGUACCCAUGCUGCCACCCCGUACCACUCAACAUAUCCGAACCUUCUUCCUCCGUCUAUCUCUGUGGCAUGCUUAUUGCCAUCCAAGCAUGCCAUAGCUUAACGUUCCACCCAAAGGUAGCGCUGCUGAUGGACGGUUUUUAUUUCCAUGCUUGCUUUCCCGGUUGACAGUCACUGACACUGACUGGCACUGGCACGGGCUGGCGGGAUGAAAUUUAAAGUAACAACAACAACAACAGCAGCAGCACCAAAAAGUCAUAUCAUUUCGAUUUCACACUUGUUUACACAUCUUGUGCUUUAUGCGGAAACGUCUGCAGCGCGUGCAUAUUGUAAAUCGAGCGCUAUAUUUAUCGCGCAUAAAAGCGUACACCCGAUUCAAGACGAGGCUUUUGCUCAUUUGCUGACACACUUUUUGGAUUCUGUUUUUCUUACUUUUCCUUUUCCUCACAAUCCCAUUCUCGCACACAAUCCUUACUUUAUUGAGUUUCACACAAUAUAAUUUACUUCACCAUGCUCGUACGUUUCCGGCGUUUAGCUUCUCGGUACGAGAAGCUGCUUGUUGUCGAGCUGUCGUCGCCAUGGUGACACGGUUUUGGCGCACCCGCCCGACGCUUGAAUGUUAUUCUUUUACACCGCUCCCACUCCUCUGUUUUUGACAUCUGGGGCUACAUUUGUUUGUACGACGACAAACAGUACACCAGCAACAUGAUGCAUAAUCGGAUUAUGACUACUCUCUCUCCCUCUUUUGCGAGCAUGUCGGUAGUGUGUACGCCUCCUGACGACAGAGCCUGAUCGAGCGUGGGCGACUCUGGAAUGACGUUUGAUGGAAUGACCGUUUUUCUUUGCUGACAUGGCACAAUACCAGUGGGCGAACUCAUUCAUAAUAAUAAUAUUAAACAAUACUAAUAAUAAUGCUAUGUGAUAGAACCAUCAUAUCCCCCUGUUGUCCCCAUAUCGUCCCCUGCGGAGCCAGAAAUGUCUCAGCAGUGACAGGUCCAGUUUUUGGCAUGUUAAAGUAAAAAAGGAUUAAAAAAGAAAACAAAACAAAAUACCAAUAAACUCCCGACACAAUGCUAACGAUAAAUAAUGGUUUGUUAACAAAAGAAAUUGACGAAUAAAAAAAAACAGUCCCAUUAAACCCCUUGAUAGAGUGCAAGAAGCUCCCAUCGUUACCAAUCCUGGCUCUCCAUGUGAAUAUCAACAUGUCUCUUCUGUCUUAUCCCACUCGUGCAACGGUGUGUGAUCGCUCGUCUCAUCCGACAAAGGCACAAACAAAGGCGACGUGGAUGCCAGCGUGUGUUGUUCCCCCCUUUUUUGGGUGGUAGGAAUUUUACAAGAAAGCGAUAAGGUGGAUACGGCGAUUAACACCAUCCCCCCACCACCUCCCGACGCGUGUACGUGUACGUGUGUGUGUGUGUAUGUUUAGGUUAGUUUGAAGUAAAAUAAAGAGGAUUGAAGAAAACCCGUGAAAAA